GCUCCUGGCACCAUGGGUGGCAAGAAGGUUUGCAUCGUGGGCUCUGGCAACUGGGGCUCGGCCAUCGCCAAGAUCGCCGGUAGCAACGCAGCUCGGCUGAGCACCUUCGAGAGCCAGGUGAACAUGUGGGUGCUGGAGGAGGAGGUGGACGGCCGGCGGCUCACGGACAUCAUCAACACGGAGCACGAGAACGUCAAGUACCUGCCAGGGCACAAGCUGCCCCCCAACGUGGUGGCAGAGCCAGACCUGCUCAAAGCCUGUGCAGGUGCUGAUGUCCUCCUGUUCGUGGUGCCCCACCAGUUCAUUGGCAAAGUCUGUGACCAGCUCAAGGGCCACGUGAAGAAAGAGGCUGUUGGGAUGUCACUCAUCAAGGGCGUGGAUGAAGGACCAGAUGGGCUGAGGCUGAUCUCAGACAUCAUCCAUGAGAAACUGGGAAUAGAAAUGAACGUGCUCAUGGGGGCCAAUAUUGCCAAGGAAGUGGCAGAAGAGAAGUUCUGUGAAACCACCAUCGGCUGCAAGAACAUGAAGCACGGGCAGAUUCUGAAGGACCUGAUGCAGACACUCAACUUCCGUGUGUCAGUGGUGCAGGAAGCUGACACUGUAGAGAUCUGUGGGGCUCUCAAGAAUGUGGUGGCUGUUGGAGCUGGUUUCUGUGAUGGGCUUGGCUACGGUGACAACACAAAGGCUGCUGUGAUCCGCCUGGGCCUGAUGGAGAUGAUUGGCUUUGCCAAACUCUUCUGUAAGGGCCCUGUCACCCCCACCACCUUCCUGGAGAGCUGCGGCAUUGCCGACCUCAUCACCACCUGCUAUGGGGGCCGCAACCGCAAGGUCGCCGAGGCUUUUGCCAAGACUGGGAAGUCCAUUGAGCAGCUGGAGAAGGAGAUGCUGAAUGGGCAGAAGCUGCAGGGUCCCCAGACAUCUGCUGAGCUGCAUCGAAUCCUCAAGAGCAAGAAUGCAGUGGAGAAGUUCCCCCUCUUCACUGCUGUGUAUCGCAUCUGCUACGAGGGAAAACCUGUCACUGACUUCAUCACGUGUCUCCAGAACCACCCUGAGCACAUGUAAGGGGCUCUGCCUGCAGACCACAGGCCC